AUGAGGGAGGCAUUCGAACAACAUAUUAAAUUGCGAUAUUCCGAUUGGAUGUCUGCAUUGAGAAAUAGCAUUUUUAAGAAAUACUUGACUACUGGUGAUAGAUACAUUCAUUGCCCAUUAGAGAUAUAUCUCAAGAUGUUUGGUCUAAAUUGGUUGAUCAUUGAUUGCAGCCUACAUGGUAGUAAAAGAAACAAGUCUAAUAGGGCGAAAUCCACUAUUGUGCAUACCACAGGUUCUGUUUCACUGGAAAAGUACAGAAAAGAUGAGCUUUAUCGAACUGGAAUUGAACCGAGUCUAAUUGAUUGUUUCAAAAAGUUCGAUGUAAGUAAGCCUAAGAAUGGAGGAGAAGAAAGUUGGCCAAGUGAAAAGGCUGAAGAACUUUUUGAAAAAAUGGAGAAUAAAAAGGUUGUUGCAACGGAAGACGAGAAUGAAGUAGAUGAUUGA